CCGGCUGCUAGAGACAGAAACAAGUCAGUCGGAGUAGUCGUCUGGACUCACAAUCUUAAAAUGCUUGCGCUGAUAAACAGGCUUUUGGACUGGUUCAAGUCCCUAUUUUGGAAGGAAGAGAUGGAGCUAACCCUGGUGGGACUCCAAUAUUCUGGGAAAACCACCUUCGUUAACGUGAUAGCAUCUGGCCAGUUCAGUGAGGACAUGAUCCCAACAGUUGGCUUCAACAUGAGAAAAGUCACAAAAGGCAAUGUCACAAUUAAGAUCUGGGACAUAGGAGGGCAGCCGCGGUUCAGGAGUAUGUGGGAGCGCUACUGCCGAGGUGUCAAUGCCAUCGUAUACAUGGUGGAUGCAGCAGAUCGUGACAAAGUGGAGGCCUCCAGAAACGAACUGCAUAAUCUUUUAGACAAGCCACAAUUACAAGGAAUUCCUAUACUGGUGCUUGGCAACAAGAGAGAUCUUCCCAGUGCUUUGGAUGAGAAGCAGCUUAUUGAAAAAAUGAAUUUAGCAGCCAUCCAGGACAGGGAGAUCUGCUGCUACUCCAUUUCCUGCAAAGAAAAGGACAAUAUAGAUAUCACUCUGCAGUGGCUUAUACAGCACUCCAAAUCCCGGAGAAGCUGAAAGGCGAAGCCCUCCAGCCCAGUCAUGUCUGUUUCAGCCCCCAUCCCGCUCACUCUGUGAUGGUGUACAGUAGCCCUUCCUCUUCCCUGUUCAUUCUACACGCACAUCCCCUGGUCCACUCUGCGCACUGCUAAAGAUGUGUUAGCCAUCAGCCCGCAGUUUACAGUCUGAGUGUUGUCAUGAAUACUUCUGCAGGAGAAACAUUCUGAGCUGAGGGACACCUGACUCCAGCACCAACGCCUUUCACACAAAAAAACGCCAAAAUGAUGGUGUAUUUUUUGUUGUCUGUUUGUAUGUUUUUAAAAUCCCUGUGAGUCGUGGAGCAGGUGUCAGAUAAGGUGACCUCUUUGAGGCACACUGUCUUGUCACCUGCUGCUGUAUCCUGGACAUUAGAGAGGGGGUUGGCAGUCGAUACUGUUGUACUUGGGGUAAUGUAGUGGGAUUCCACAUCAUUCUGCCCUUAUUUCUUGCUCGUGUGUAUGCGUGAAUGUGUGUGUGUAUGUUCUGCUAUUUUGAAAUUGUUCUUUGUUUUAUAUACUUUUUUUUUUUGGCAACUUUCUUUGUGACAUUAUCCCUCGAGCUUAAAACUCGAACAAAAGGUCAUUGGUAUUUGGAAAUAUCAAGCUGUUAAUUUUCACUGAAUUGAGUGUAUAUAUUUGAGUUUGAAUGUAACAGGUUCAGCUGUACUGAGUGAAGAGGUCUCAGAGCAUUAGUUUUGUUGGUAAUUUGCUUAUGGGGGGAUGAAGUCUCCAGUGCUGUUCGUGAACCAGUGAGGGCUGCAGAACUCAAGUGCCUUCUGCAAAAUCUCUCAUGUUGGAUAUAUAUAUGAAAGAUCACUCAUAUACUCUCAAAAAAUAAAAAGGCAUGCUUUUUAAUUUA